UUGGAAAGAACUGAAGCCGUGCAAUGGAAGGAUAUAUAAAUACAUCAGCGGAUCCGGAGCUCACAUCCUAUUCAUCUCCACCAGGGUAUUAGUACAGCUUUUUGUCAGCAAUAGGUAGCUAGGUAUGCUGGAUGACUCAUUCCUUGUUUGAGCCCUAGUCCCCUUUUGUCCUAAAUUUCCCAGAGUUACUUCUAGUCCAGCACACAUUGUUCACUUACUUGUACAAGAGCAGAUGUGCCUCUAUUAAUAGCUACUAUGUAAAGAGGCCUACAAUUAGAGACUGUGACAUUUGGCAAACAUAUUUCAUCUCUAAUCCUCACAAUACUGCAAAAUAUCUGCCGUCCUCUUUUUCUUCAGUGAGGCGGCCGAGCUGCAGACGCAGAGAUGCAGAUCUUUGUGAAGACCCUUACGGGCAAGACCAUCACUCUUGAGGUCAAGCCCAGUGACACCAAUGAGGAUGUCAAAGCCAAAAUUCAAGACAAGGAGGGUAUCCCACCUGACCAGCAGCAUCUGAUACUUGCCGGCAAACAGCUGGAGGAUGGCCGAACUCUCUCAGACUACGACAUCUGGGAAGAGUCCACCCUGCACCUGGUGCUGCGCCUGCGAGGUAGCAUUAUUGAGCCUUCCCUCCGCCAGCUCUUCCAGAAACGCAACUUUGACAAGAUGAUCUGCCGCAAGUGCUAUGCUUGCCUGCACCCCCAUGCUGUCAACUGCUGCAAGAAGUGUGACCACACCAACAACCUGCACCCCAAGAAGGUCAAGGCUCUUCCUUCCUCGAAGGGCAGCCUCCCUGGAGCCUCAAUAAAGUGUCUCUUUCGUUGACUGGAGCAGCAAAAACAAACAAACAAAAAUACUACAAAAUAUGUUAUAGCUCCAUUUUACAGAUGAGGAAGCUGAAACUCACAGGAAUAACUGAUUUUAAGUUCUGGUGAGUGGAACUACUCUUACUAUGGCACCAUUCUUAUUUAUUUAUUUUUG